AUGGGCAAGGUGACCAUCUUUAUAUUUUUGAUCAGUUUGAUUUGUGUCAGCAAGCAAUGGGACCUCUCGGAGACAAAUUCACCCCAGGCAGGACCCGGGAGUCCGACGGAAUACUCUUUAGACCAAACGGAACAAGAACCAUUUUUUGAGAAUCGUCAUCCGGCCCACAACAGCGCUGAGGGUCAUGCUUCGGAACACAACAAGUUUGAGAUUCAUCACCCGGGAGUGGCUGCAUUCGAAAAUACUUUACCGGAACCGGUGCCCGUCGACAAUCAUGACCACCAGGACCCUGAUGAGUCCGGUAAUCAUCAAUCAGAUCCCAAAAGCUCCGGCUCGCCCGAACCAGCGCAAAAUGACAUCGAAAGCCAUCAGCCGCCGGAUCCUGCGAGCAUCCAGGCAGCAGGGGCACCGCCCCUGUACUACUCCGGCUAUUGGAAUCCUCCGACAGGUGUGCCGGGACAAAUACCCCCAGAAGCGCCGCUCGCGGCCGCGGCGGAAACGCAAGAAUCACCCCUCGCGGACCAUGAUCACAACGCAAUGGAUGCCGCGGACCACGGUUUUAAUCUAAACGGAUAUGCGCCGCAGAAUGCGCCAGUGGGUGUUCAGCCUGAGUCCCCUGGUUCGUGGGAUUCCCCUCCGCCAGAAUCGGUGACAUCGCAAGGUCCCCACGAGGGCGCGGCCCUCGCGCCAAUCAGCUCCCCGCCGGAGCAGAACGCAGCUGAUCAGAGCGCUCCGUCAAAUCAAGGGACAGGCUUGCCGGGCAGUGUGCCCGACGCACCGGAAUCCUGGUCUUCUCCCGGUGUGAGUGAAUCUCCUUCUUCCCAAGUGCCAGCAGAGUCCCAUGCGAUGAUUCCGCCCUCUGCGACCCCUCCCGAUUCCCCCGGCACCACCGGUGCCGCCGGGACUCCAUCAGUCAUUCCCCUAAUAUCGGGCUUUCCCAUGGUCUCUGGUGUUACAAGUUCUCCCAGUGCUCCUGCUCAAUCCGGUUCCCCGAGUCUCGCGAGUUUGCCGGCCGCGGGGGCCCCUACCGAUUCGGUAGCACAAUCAAACCCGGGUGCACCGGGCGUGUAUUCCGGCGGAGUGUCCAACCCAGAUGCGCCGCCAGAGCCAGCUGCGCCCCAGGCUAAUCCUGACGCAGCCUCGGACCCGAAUGGAUUACCAGUGAGCCCUGGAGCACCAUCGAAUCCGGCUGCACCAACGAAUCCGAAUGUUCUCCCAACCAAUCCUGGUGCACCGGCUUUCCCCGCAGCACCGGAUAACCCCGGUGCACCAGCUCAACCCGGUGCACUGACCCCAUUUGUCUCAACAGGUUAUCCCAGUCUUCCAGCUUAUCCAGGCGUGCGCUUCAAUCCAGGGCUCCAGCCCAGCUCGAGCUCGGCGAGCAUGCUCCCGGCAUUGAGCGGCCUGCCAAUGUCGUCGGGCUCGCAGUCGAUUCCCGCCAUUCAGGCUGCGCCCUCAACCCCAAUUCCUGUGGUAGCCUCGCAGAACGUACCUGCCUCUAUACCUCCAGCUGUUUCGACCACCUUGCCCACUUCGUCCUCUUCGUCGAGCCCGACGAGCGCGCCAAGUUCGGUUCCCAAGCCGUACAGCCAUGCGCACACCGCGGCGCAGGCGCAAGCGCUAGAACAGGCGCGAGCGCAGGCUCAGAAACAGCCGCAAACUGUGACCCAAGCGCCAGCGACUGCGGUGGAGUGCGACAAUGCGACGGCCCCCAAACCCCCGGAGUGCGUGACGCCACCCACGCCUCCACAGUGCGUACCGCCCCAAAACACAUCGUGCGCCCCGAGUACCGCCUCCCCCCAUGAAUGCACCACGUCUCCGAACUCUCAGAGUCCCGAAUGUUCGAUGCCCGAGGUUGUGACCCCAACGAGCCCCGUCACGACGGCGCGACCGCGUCCGACUGAGCGCGCGAAACGACAUGAAUCGUCGACGGUCGAACCGAGCAAGAAAGCUAAAGAGUCCAAGGUCGUCACGAAGCUGCGAGCUCCUUGGAAAGCCAUGAAACGUAUCUACCCACCCCGCAAACAGAACGCGAAGAAGAAGACAUCUCUCACGGAGCGUAGUAAGGUCAACGAGCAGGCUCCGGGGCAGAGCCCCGCGCCGAUCAUCGAAAGCACCACGACCCCGAUGACUCCUAUCGACGAGGAGGAGAUCGCGCAUAUUUCGCAUCUCGACCGGACUCCGAAACCCGGUAGUUAUCGCAUGAACACGAUUUAUCGCUCUGACGGAUCAGCAUCGGGGAAUGCCGAUCAAGAUAGCGGCAGAGGUCCGGAGACUGACCUCCCCGGCGGCGAGGAAGCAUCGGAAACGAGCCCGAAUGUCACGCCGACGAGCCUCGUUGACAAUUCGACGAUACCCGGCAGCGGACCAGCGAGUCGCUCAAUGGUCAUUUACGGCGCGGAUGACUCGAGCGGGACCAACGCGCUCCCGGCAAAGACGGCACCGGCCGUGGACCAUAUCGCUCUUGUCCCGAGCGCCGACACCGCCGUUCCCGCCCAGCGGGGACCGAAUUCCCCGUCGAGUAGUUUAGCGACGGCUUUUGCAGAUGCGUCGAUGGACCGGAACAUAAAAAUCGUUCCGAGACAAACCCACAGCAAAACGAGCCAGAUAUCUCGGACUCGGAUCCGCAAACGUAUUCAAGCGAAAAUAGAGUAA